GUGUAGAGGUUCAACAAGAUGGGGGUUCUGAAUAAGAGCAAAAGACGAGUUUAAAGGACUUUCUUAUUUUAUUUAAUAUCCAUUUUUUAUGAAAAACAGCAUCUAUAUUGUGUUACAAUUCCAUAACGCCUAACUAACACUGCCAUAUCAAGCAUUGCAUUUAGCAUAUAAGAUAUUAACAAUGGGUUUUCCAUUCUGCAAAGUCUCACUGGCUGCAGCGAGGGCGAUGUCAGGGACAAAUGUGUGGACUCGCAGCCGGGAGAGAAUGCUGCGCUUCCCGGAGCUGAUAGCUCAAUGCGCCGAGGAGGCUGCUGUUUACGGGAAGUGCGUGUCUCAUACGACUACAGGCAAGCAGGAACUGAGCAAGAAUCACUGUGCCAAGGAAUUUCAAACCUUAAGGAACUGCUUCCUGUCUGCUGCCAAGAAGAAUGCUAAGUAGAUUUUCUUUUCUUCAUUGGAAGAUAAGUGCUAAUGCAGGUAAGGCCUGCAGACUCUGGGUCGGGAUCCUCACACAAUGCUAGAGGUGAUGCCACAGGAGAACAGCUGCAUAGUGCUGGACAGUGUGUUACGUGCCCUCACUCUGCACUGAAGAAUACAAAAUGUAUAGUCCAAGACUUUACCCUCUGCACAAGCCUUAGUUGCCACCUGAACCAGAUGUAGACCGUUCUGGAGUGCUAUUCUAUUACCGGUUUUAUAGGUACAGACAUGUUUUCUCAUAAAUCAACUAAAAAUCCUGGCUCGAACAAUAAAUGUUAGCAUAAUGAAUGUGUUUUUUUUUUUUUUCCUUGUGUUAAAUGUUUUUCAAAGAAUAUUUUUCAAUAUAUUUGUAACCUGAACCUCAGCAAGGCUAAUCCUGCUGCAGUCCAGUCUAAAAUCAGUAACAUUGGUUUUGUUUGUAUUCUUCUUCAUGUACUGGUCCAAGUCUUAAAUAACUCUUGUAGUUCAGAGAUCAGCGCCUUUGUGCAGUCGGCAUGUUGGAGGCUGGACUAGGGCAGCGUACUGUGGCUUGCCGUCGUGGGUGCUCACAGCCAGCAAUUU